CGGAUUCAGAGGAAGGGACGUCCCGAUGCAGUCGCUCCAAGCCCUGGCGGCGCAACGCUCGCACCUGCACCAGCAGCCUCCCCAACCCCAGCAGCAGUGCAACCGGCAACCGCGCGGCGCUGGGCCGCAGCAGUGGCAGCUGCAGGGCGGCAGCAGCGGCCCAGGGCGCCGCCCUGCGCCGGCAGCCACAGGCUGCGCGCCAGCGCUGCUGCCCGCACCGGUGCUGGAGCGCGGGUGUGCGGCGGCCUCGCUGAGCAGGGACAAGCUGUCCAAGCAGCAGCAGGACUACCUGUGCAACUAUGGCGCCGCGCUGAGGGCGCUGCAGCAGGACCUGCCUGUGCUGCUGGAGCGCCAGCCCUGCCUGGACAUCUUCUGUGAGGGUGUGGUGUUCCAGGACCACCUGUCCCCCCGCCUGGGCCUGCCCCCCUCCAGCUGCAGCGGCAAGGAGGCCUACCGCCGCCUCCUCUGGUCGCUGCGCUUCCACCGAGCCCUCUUCUUCUGCAAGUCGCGGGUGGAGCUGCUGCGCCUGUGGGAGCGGGAGCCCGGGGUGGUGUGCGUGCGGUGGUCGGCACGUGCCUCCCCCCGCCUGCUGGACGGCCUGGUCACCACCGCGUCGGCGGCGCUCAGCCUGGACGGCAUGUCAGAGUUCCACUUCAACGACAGCGGGCGCAUCAUGAAGCACCGCGUGGAUUGCGUGAGCUACAGUGGACCCUCGGUGCAGGUGCCGCUGCUGGCGCGGUAUGCGCGGCCGCACCUGGUGCCCGGCCUAGCGGGCGGGUCCUGGGACGAGUGCUAG